UCCUCCAGCUCUUCCGGGAAGUGCGAAUAAUGAAGGUUCUGAAUCACCCGAACAUAGUUAAAUUAUUUGAAGUCAUAGAGACGGAUAAAACGCUGUACCUCGUCAUGGAGUAUGCCAGUGGAGGCGAAGUCUUUGACUACUUAGUGGCUCAUGGAAGAAUGAAAGAGAAGGAAGCGCGGGCAAAAUUCCGACAGAUAGUUUCUGCUGUGCAGUACUGUCACCAAAAAUUCAUUGUACAUAGAGACUUGAAGGCAGAAAAUCUGCUGUUAGAUGCCGACAUGAACAUCAAGAUUGCAGACUUUGGUUUCAGCAACGAAUUCACGUUCGGCAACAAGCUUGACACGUUCUGCGGGAGCCCCCCGUACGCUGCGCCUGAAUUGUUCCAGGGCAAGAAGUACGACGGGCCCGAAGUAGACGUCUGGAGCCUCGGGGUUAUCCUCUACACACUGGUCAGCGGCUCCCUGCCUUUUGACGGGCAGAACCUCAAGGAGCUGCGAGAACGGGUUUUGAGGGGAAAGUAUCGCAUCCCCUUCUACAUGUCCACGGACUGCGAGAACCUGCUGAAAAAAUUCCUCAUCCUGAACCCUAGCAAGAGAGGCACUUUAGAGCAAAUCAUGAAAGACCGCUGGAUGAACGUGGGUCACGAGGACGACGAAUUGAAGCCUUACGUGGAACCUCUUCCAGACUACAAGGACCCCCGGCGGACAGAGCUCAUGAUUUCUAUGGGCUACACCCGGGAAGAAAUUCAAGAGUCCUUAGUCAGCCAGAAGUACAAUGAAGUGAUGGCGACGUACCUGCUGCUAGGUUACAAAAACUCAGAGCUCGACAACGACAGCAGUACCCUCAAGCCUCGGCCCCAGCCGGAGCUCGCCAACAGCAUGGUCCCCUCCCCUUCGCACAAGGUACAACGCAGCAUCUCCGCCAACCCCAAGCAGCGCCGCUUAAGUGACCAGGUACCCAACAUCCCGACGUCCACGUCUUACUCCAAGAAAACGCAGGCAGCCAACGCUGAGAACAAGAGGCCCGAAGAGGAGAGGGAGGCUGGGCGUAGCAAGGCUGGAAGCACCGUCAAAGUGCCCGCCAGCCCCCUGCCCAGCCUGGAGAGGAAGAAAAGCACCCCUAUGCCCUCCACGAACAGCGUUCUCUCGACCAGCACAAAUCGGAGCCGCAAUUCCCCCAUGCUGGACCGCGCCAGCUUGGGCCAGAACUCGAUACAGAACGGCAAAGAUAGGUAAGGAGGAAGAGGAGGAGGAGGAGGUGGGAAGUCGGCCCUGACCACCCCAGAGGUUGCCCCC